AUAUGUGUUAGAGGACUUGGGGAGAUUUAUUUAGGAGGGAGUGCUGGAGAAAAUGGGGAAGAGAACAAGGAAAACGAGGUGGCGUACUCUCCCAAUAGCAGAUGAACAAAGCGACAGUGAAGAAUCAAACUCAACAUCAACCCAACGACUGCCAAAAAGUUAUCAUCAAAAAUCAUCAUCGUAUCUCUCGAAAUCCACUUAUUCUAGUCAAUCGAGUCCAAGACGGAGGUGCCAAUAUGACAGCACGAGGUCCAGUAGUACCACAAGCGAAACGAAAAUUACAUUCAAUGAAGACGAGUAUACGAGAAUUACGACUCCAAGACAAGACGUACUAUUUAAGAAGGGAUACCUUAGCAAGCCAAAGACUUAUCAAACACAAACCUCCACCGGUAAUUCGACAACGUCGACCGGUAACUCUACCGGUAACGGCACGCCGGAUUACCAAUCGACCGAUUUAGAAUACGAUUCUCAGUUCGUCUUCCCUGGUGGAUUUGUAGACCAAAACGGAAUCUACUAUGUCAACAGUUACGAACCAUACCCGCUAAUGGUAUACAACCCUACCACGUACUACCCUGAAUUUACGAACUCAAAAGCAAAAAGGUGCAGUACAGGAUCAUUGACCGAGUCGAUGAGUCCAAACAACGACGAGGCGUCGAGUCAAGAUCUAAGCCAAAGUGGUGGGGAGCAGCCGAACACUUUCCCCGACUUCCCCGUUUAUAACAUGGUAUACCCCGGUUACUACAUCAACGGAUUGUGUCCCCCUCAAGAAAUCGUGAAUGGUCAUUGUCACACGACGUCGACGACGGCAGCGGACGUGCGCCGCAUGAAGAAGAGACGUCGCAGAAAGACCUCCAAGGACCGCGAGAGCACGUCCGAAUACAGCGAGGAAUCCUCCGAGGAAGAAAACAAAGCGGAAGAAUCGAGCACUUCCACCGCUUGCACUUCACCAAACUCCGAGCUAUCAAAGACGGAGGAAGUGGAAGUAAAAACUGAGGAAACAAGCGACAAAAGACUGAAGAAAGAGCUUAAAUACGACUUGAAACCGGACGCCGAAGAGUUCGUCCCGCGCGCCUACAGACAGCCAGAGUUUCACCACAUACCCGGCGUGCCAGGUGUUCCGUACGUAAAACUGGUCAACGUUCCUAUACACAUGUUACCAAACCCAGCAUUUAUACCCGUCAGUUACCCCAUGAGCUACAUGCCGCCGUUUGUGCACCACCACAAAAACGAAGAAAUCGAAAGCGAUGAAAGGUGCCCGAAAAUCGAAGAAAUAGAAGUCGCACAAGAACGCCAGAUUGAUCUCAAUCAAAUCGUGUCCAAGCUUGAAGAAGCCAAAAAGGAGCGCGAAGAAACUAAAGAAACCGAAAAACCCCAAGUAACAACACCCAACAAACCUCCAUACCGUAACAACAACAACAAAUACAAAAAACAACCAUACUACCAAAGAACAAAAGAAGAAAAGCAAGACUCCUACGAAUCUUCACCAAGAAGAUCCCGAACCAACUAUAACUACAAAGCAUCACCAAAACAUCGUCAAAAUUACUCAGAAAUGCUUAAAAAAGAAACAACCGCACCAACAUUAACUCAAUCUUCUAUAAAAACGGAAGAAUCGCCCAAAAAAGAAUCUCCAACACACUCGCAGAAAUCGAACCAGUGGAUUUCGGUGUCCAGCAAGAAGAAACGCAAGAAUAAGGCAAUCGAAGAAAUCGAAGAUUUCCCGGAAGAAACCAUCGAAAUCACCGAGGAAGAAGAAGUCAAAGAACAAGAUCAGUUCGAAACGUACGACGUAAACGACUUGGUCGACGUGGUGCCGCCUUCGAAAAUUGAAGAAGAAGAAACGAUCGUUAUACAACUUGAAGAAAUCGACAAUCAAAUACCCGACGAAGAAACUGUCGAGGUUGUAAAUAUCGUCGAAGCAAAGAACGAAGAAGAAGAAGAAGAGGUGAAGAUAACCAAAAAGAAAUCGAAGAAAGGCACUCAAAAACCGCUGACCAAAAGGGUGAUAAUAACGGACGUGGAUUUGUCUCAAACGGAAAGCAAAGUUGAAGAAACGAAGAAGAAGGAAGAAGAAAAGAUUGCGGAGGUCGCGAAAAAAGAAGAAACCGCGGUGAAGAAGGGCAAAAAGAAGAAGAAGAAGACCCCCAAAGUUGCAGUGGAAGACGUCGACGUGACCAAUCGAAACGAAGAUUCCUACGAUUUUCUGCCAUCGAUUGAAGAAGACAAGACUAACGUCGACGUUUACCAGGAGCUGGACAAAAUGAUUCAGAAGGGGAUGUACAACAACUUGGAGACCAAAAUGAAGUCGAUGAACGUGGAAAAGAGCGAAGAUUUUUUCAAGAGCGUCAUCGGAAGCAUAGGCAGCAAUAAGGAAGAAAAGACAGCGUUCAAUAAGGCGCCCGAUUUCACGAGAAUCCUCCAAAGUACCAGAAAGUUGUACACUAAUCCGGUAAGUUUAGAUCACCACAGUAGCCAUAAAAAACCACCAUCUAAACCCUCUUCUUCUUCUUCUGCUUCAGACGGAUCUUUAUCCGAUACGGCAAGUGGAUUUUUUCUAGACAACCCGCAAGUCGAAUCCAUGCUCACAACACCGAAAAGUACUGAACACACUGCCAAAAUUGAAGAUAAUUCUUCAAUCCACCCCAUCACCGACGCGGUCAGAACGUGGAUCAAAGAGACCCGCGAGAAAACUCCAGAGGUGGAAAUCUUCAAAGAUUUUGAGGAAGUCGUUCUGUUCUCCAAAGAAGAAGACUUUUGGGAGGACGAUCUAGUGUUGUGUUGUGAAGAUAAAAAACAAUCGAGUGAAGAAGAAAUUGAAGAUCCAUCGAAAAUCGAAGAAACUUCUUCGAUAGAAGAAGUGCCUGUUUACGAGAGCAAUUACGGCAAAAACGAAGAUUAUCUUAAGAUCAAGGAAGAAAUUCACAGAUCCUUGAAACACGGGGGUCUGCCCUACCGCGCCAUCUGUUGCGAGUUGAUGUAAACAAUGCUGCUAAAUUGAGUUUUGCUUCCCCCUUAAUAAUUAUUAAGCAGUGCAUCAAAAACAUGUGCUAUUCUUCAUUAAGAAAUCAAAUCAAAUUUACAGUAAGUACAUGUUUUUCGAGCACACUGUAUAAUAUAAAUUAAAUUAAUUAUAAUGUACUUAAUUGUUGCCUGUUGAUAAAUUUUACCACGUUGUAUAAAAUAAAUAUCGUUCAAUAAGUACAAAAAAUAACAAUUUUCGUAAAAGUAUUUUUUGUUAUAUCGGAUAUUAAUAUUAUAUCAAUUGUUAUAUACUUGGCAAUUAAGUAGGCCUAGGCAAGUGAAAAUAGACUGAUGUGCACUGAUAUUGUUGGAGAGUGUCAAGUAAUUAAUUAAGCACCCUCAAUUGAUUAAUUACUGAAUUAGCGGUAGCUGUUUUUUGUUUUAUUAUUUUUAUUGUUGUUGUUACGAUCGGAGCAGGCAGUUGUUACGUUGUUACACGCUCAAUUGUCAAUAUUUUUCAUAGCCUGCUCUUGCAUUGAUUAUUAAUUUUUUUGUUUUAUUUGGAUGUUUUUUUAUUCAAGAAAAGGUGUUUAAACAAUGUUUUACAAUUUUAUUAAAUUAAAUCAUACAAACAAAAUCUAUAAAUAUCAAUAAACAUCAUUGCUUGAAUUAAAAAAAAAACACUUUUACUUAUAGAGAAUAUAACUUGUAGGUUUAGCCACAAUUUGCUCAUUUAACAAAAUUAAUUUUACGUUUUAGUGGUAGGUUUUAGGCAAGUUUAAUUUUAAUUUAAUUGUAUGGCUUCAUUAUAAAAUAAAUAAAAUUUGCUGGGAUCGAUUAGGAUGUUACUCGAUUUGUUAGGAAAAGACAAUACUGUAAAAGACCUUGCGGCACUUUUUUUUCGUUUAUUAGGUAGAUUAAACAUAAUAAAAAAGACAUUGGGUGCAUGCGAUAAUAGAUAAGCUGGUUUGUGCAUGUUUUUUUGUUUGUUACAUGAUUAUUACUUAAUUUUGUUGUUACAUUGUUAUUUUUUGAGAUUUGUGCCUUCGCGAUACUUUAUAAAUAAAGGAAAAUAA